AUGCUUGUGUCCAGAGUUAGGCUUUCGUUGGCUGUACGUUUGUCCAUCAACUCAACACCAUUUCUCAAUCGCAGUUGGUCCCCCGUUGGCCCGGAGACGAAAUGCUUUUCUUGGUUCAGUCUUCUGCCGAUGCUCUCCAGGUCCGAUGAGGCUCGUCAUGCAGGGUCAGAUCAAAACCCAGCAUCGAAUUAUUCGGUUCGUCGGAUGACGAGGUGA